AUUCCCUCGGUGAAAUUAUUAGAACCAGAACCGGAGAAGGAAAAGUGAAAUUUUGAAGAGAUGAAUUAUAGAAGGGAUCACCGCUCUUCAAAAUCAGCUCUGUUUGAUGGCCUAGAUAAUCUUGAAGAAGGUGGUCUCAGGGCUUCUUCAUCUUUCUCUAAUGACAUUAAGGACCAUGACAAUGACAAAGCUAUAGGGAGCUUGCAUGACAGAGUUGCUUUUCUAAAAAGAUUAACAGGUGAUAUACAUGAUGAAGUGGAGAGUCAUAAUCGUUUGCUUGACCGUAUGGGAAAUAGCAUGGAUGCUUCAAGGGGCGUAAUGUCUGGCACCAUGGAUCGGUUUAAGAAGGUGUUUGAGAAGAAGUCCAGCAGGAGAAUGUGUAAACUGGUGGCAGGCUUUGUGGUUUCUUUCUUAGUUAUAUACUAUCUCUUUAGGAUGCUUCGGUAUGUCCGUGGUUGAAGAACCACAAUUCUUAGAGGUCGAGUCGGUCUAUCUACAACAACAUCAGUCAAUGCUCCAAAAUCCUAUUUGUUUUCUCGAGAUUCCGAUACCGCUUCCGGUAAGAAAUUCCAAAUCAUUUUGCAACUUGUUUAAGGCAACCCCCACGUGUGAAUUUUGUAAUGUUGAUUUCAGCAGACAAUUUUUUGACCUAAAAUGCAAAAAAAAAAAAAAAAAUGUGAAAGAAACAGAGUAAACGGAAAGGAUUGGG